AUGGCAAACAAGUUUGGAUUAGGUUCUUUAUCUUUAGAAACUAAAAAACUUAACACUACAGCGUGGAUAAAUAAAGCGAAACCUUACUUUGUGGAUCAAAUCGGAGACACUCUUCAAGGUGAUUUAGAUAUGAACAAUUUUAGCAUAACUAAUUUAAAGUCUCCGGAAAACGAUAAUGACGCUGUUCACAAGAAAUAUUUACGGGAUCAAAUAAAUUCAAUUGAAGUAAAUAAAAACCAUUUAGAAGAUAAAAUAAGUCAUGUGAAAAGAUUCUUCAAACGUCAACUAAAUAAUAAAAAUUUUGUUAAUGAUACUAAACUACAACAAGAGGUAAAAAGAUUAAAAAGUUUUAUUCAAAAAGAAUUGGUCAACGUAGCGAAUAAAACUGAGUUACAAAAUUUAAUUUCAUUAAUAUCUAAAUUAGAGAAUAAGAUUGCAAAACAAAAAUUAGACAUUCAACAAUUAAUAGAUAACAUUCCAUAUACGUUUCAACAGGAAUUAAAUGCUCUGGAAACUAAACUUAACAGUGAAUUACAAAAAGAACUAACAAAUAUUAAACAACAAAUACAAAACAUAGAUGAUAGCGAAAUCAAAACCUAUAUUCAACAACAAAUACAAAACAUAGAUGAUAGCGAAAUAAAAACCUAUAUUCAUCAACAAAUACAGAACAUUGAUGAUAGUGUUAUUCAACAACAGAUAACCACUAUUAAUAACCUAGUAAAAGUUGAUUCAAUAUUCUUCAAACAAGGAUCACAUUCUUCUAAUCAAUUUAACGCUCAAAAAGUUCUUCAGUUUAUCAAUGGUAGAGACAAUGUAGAAAUUAAAGAAUAUGAAAUUAACGACGAAAACAACAAGGUUAAUCACUUAUAUGAAAUUAAAACGAGUGGAAAAUAUAUAGAUAGGUUUAGAAUGUUAAUCAUACCAGAUAAAGAUGAUGAUUAUUUUUCAUUGAGUGAAUUCGAUAUGGUAUUGGAGACGGAAACUCCACCAUCAAUGAAUAUUAUUAGAAAUCCAGAACCACAAAAAGAAGAUAAAAGCAGUUAUCAGUUUUUACGAGCAACAGACUUUGAAUACGUAAAACUAUAUUUUGUUAAUAAAAGUUUUUCACACGAAUAUACCUCUUCAACUGAUUUAUUUAAAAGUCAACAAGAUAAAAAAUUUAUAAUAUUUUCAUCAAUAAUUGAACGUAAUGAUGGAACAGAAGUUGGAGGUAUAUACCUGUAG